CGUACCCCGCGUCCACUUUACUAACAACAGUUUUUUGUCCGCUCGCUCAUCAUGGAGGAGCAAACGGCGACGCUUCUCGCGGCGCUAAAGAAGCCUUCGACCAACGUCGACCAGCGCCUGCAGCUGUUCAACAACCUCAAGUCCGGCAUCAAGCACAAUCGCGUCCCCGAGAGCUGCCAGGCGGAUAUUUUCGAGUGCAUCCGCAUCGCCAUUACUGCUGCGACUUCGGCUGCGCUGGUUACGACGGGCUUCUCGACGCUCAGCCACUUCAUCAAGCGCCUGCAGCUGCAAAAGGAGACGCAGAUUAUCACCUCACAGGCCUCGACGCUAUGCGCCAUCCUUAGCGACCGCCUGGGCGAUGCGCGCGAGGGCCAUCGCAGCGCCGCGUCGCAGAUACUCGCCGAGCUGCACUAUCUGAGCCAUGCGGAGGUCGACGAGGUCAUCCACAACGCCAUCGCCGGGAGCAAUGCGCGCGCCAAGGAGACGUCGAUGACGUGGAUUGUCAAGAUGAACAAGCAUGAGAGCGUUCCCUUCAAGACAUACGUGCCGUUCCUCGUGGCGAACCUCGAAGACGCCGACGCAGUAGUGCGCGAGACGGCCAAAAAGGCCGUGGUGGAACUGUUCCGGAGCGCGCCCGAACACGCAAAGGCAAACCUCAAGAAGCAGCUCGCCACCCACAACGUGCGCAAGACCAUCGCAGCCUACAUCACUUCCCACCUCGACGACGACGCCAUGUCCAAAGACGCCGAACUAGCACCACCACCGCCGCCAGAGCGCCCUAUUACUACCAAGAAGGCAGUGCCGCGACACACGGAGCCUAGCUUUACAGAGGCUGAGCUGCCCCCGCCAGUCGAGACCGUAUCCAUGGACCCUAUACACCUAUACACGCAGCGCGAGAUGGAGGACAUGUUCCGGGACAUGGGGCCUGCAUUCGAGGGGAGAGAGAGCGAGGGGAACUGGCUCGCCCGAGACAAGAACGCCACGAAGCUGCGGCGCAUAUUGAAGGGCAACGCGCCGACCGAGUUCCACAGCGCGUUCAUCGCCGGCAUCAAGGGGCUGCUGGACGGAAUCUUGAAAGUGGCCAACACCCUACGAACCACAAUGUCCACGAACGGAUGCCAGUUGGUCCAGGAGCUCGCAAAGACACUCGGUCCCGCCAUCGACCCCUGGGUGGAGAUCCUGCUCCAGUCUUUCGUCAAGAUGUGCGCGGCCACCAAGAACAUCGCAGCCCAGAACGGAAAUAUCACAGUGGACGCCAUCAUCUCAAACGCUUCUUACAACAGCCGCCUGCUACAGCAUGUCGCCUUCGCCGCGCAGGACAAGAACGUGCAGCCACGGUCACAUUCUGCUACCUGGAUCAAGACGUUGAUUCGAAAGCACAAGGGCCAAAUCGACCACUCGGGGGGGCUGGAAACACUCGACAAGAUCAUCAAGAAAGGCGUCACUGAUGCUAACCCGAAAGUGCGUGAGGCAUAUCGAAGCACGUACUGGACGUUUGCGCUGGUAUGGCCACAAAGAGCUGAAAUCAUGUUCGAAACGUUUGAGAAGCGAGAAAAGACUGCCCUGGAGAAGGAUCCCAACAACCCAGAUACUUCACUUGCCUCGUCCCAGAGCAGCGCGGCCACAUUCUCGAAAUCCGUCGGCGCUGGAGCUGCACGAACCGCGCUGAAAGAGAAGAUUGCAGAACAACGGAGGGCCAAGUUGGCAGCUAGCAGCAAGGGUGUUCCUGAACGGCCCAUGUCUGCUGCUGCGACUUACUCACCUCCAAAGUCGGUACUAGCCAAGUCUUUAGGUGCGAGGACUACUUCGACGACAUCCAUAGCAUCUGCAGGCACUGCACGGCCGCCUUCCGCCAUGUCAGGAGAGUCGACCAAGUCAGCACUGAAAAGCUCCACGGGUACUGGUUCGCUGAUGAGCGGAACUGUACGUCGACCCAUGCGCCGACCCGAGCUUGUCAGACCGGCGACGGCCGAUCCAUAUGCGGCUCGACGUGCCGGUAAGGAUGUUCCGUCGAUGACACCAGAGAAGACGCCAGCUGUAGUCGCAACAAAGAAACCUGCUGUGCCGAAGAGCAUCGCUCGACCGCGGUCCCAAACUCAAAAUAGUCCAAAUGUCAGCCCUGUCCGGAGUAAAUCCCGUAUUGCAACCCACCGCAAGACUCCUAGUAUGAGCUCCCAACGGGAUAGCCCAGCUACGAGCCCUGCGAAAGAUUCAGACAUGGCAGAGAGGAAACGAUUUUCUCGAUCACAAAGCCACCAUGAUGCGGGUACCAUCCCUUUCAAGCAUAGGAAUGGGAUGGAGAAGGGUGCCGUUGGUGAUAAUGAUGUAAUCGACACUGGAGAUGAGGAUAACUUUACAAUGGUCAUUCCAAAUCUGGCACGCCCCCCAGCCCAGCCGAUGCACCAUACCCCACCCAAGACGUUUUCUGGACGCAUACCAAUACCAAGCCCACGGACGUCACUGCUCAAACGGCCCAAAUCUAUCGGCGAUCUCAACCCCAUCAUUCUUCGAGGAACUCAGAGUCCGCGAAUCAGGUCGCCAGAUCGACCGAGUACGCGGGGUACCGACGCCCAGGAAGAAGUUCAGGUUUAUGAAGAUCCUUUUGUGGGCGACGAGCCAGCAUCUGCUGGACACCAAGCUAACAAGCCGGUGCUGGAGGAGCUCCCCAUCAACGAAAAGAGCAACGAGCGACGGCGCAGUUCGGACCUAGCAGAUCAUGUCAUGAUGGACGAUGCAGGUGAAGAACGUCCUCGAGGCCACCACAAAACCACAAGCACAGGCAACGUGACGCGUGCCGAGAACACCGACACCAACAACGCCGAAGCACUCAAGAACAAACAGCUGCUCGUAAGCGGCAUCAAGAAGAUCGAAGCCCGCACAGUAGAAGCCCACAUGUUCCGCCGCAUGCAAGACGUAGUAAAAUCGCACCCAGACAUCUGGAUCCCCAACGACGAAAACUUCACCCGCCUCCUCACCUCCUCGCUCGCGUACCUCGAAGCGCCCGUCGAAAACCUACAAACCUCGCCCCUGAAAGCAGUCAACCUAAAAGUCCAAGCCCUAGCCACAAUCCGCGCCCUCCUCUCCAUGUACCGCAGGGAAACAGCAAAAUACUCCUCACAAGUCCUCACCUCGCUGCUGCACACAAAAGCCCAGUACGAGAAUACAUCGCACAUCGCCAUCGACCUCGAGACCACGGCCGCGGAGAUCGUGAAAUACGGACACACGCUAGACUGCCUCGACGCUGUCCUCGCUCUUGUAGAACACACGCCCACUUCCCCACCGAUGUCCUCCUCAUCCCUGAACUCGAAAUCUUCCGUCACGCUUAUACCCACGCCGAGUGCGACCCGCACAACGACAAUGGCCCUCGCCUCCCUCGCUGCUCUCGUUAACGUCACGCGUCAGAAAAAUCUGCCCCUCCCUGCUGAGCAGACGGCGCGCCUGGGUAGGCUGGCUGUUCGCUGCAUGGACGACGCUGAUGCGGAUGUGAGGAAGGCGGAUGUCGAGUUCUGCAUCGCGCUGCAUGAGCGGAUUUCUAAGGGGUUGGGCGAGAAGGGUGGGGCUGAGGGUGGUGGUGGGUUUUGGAGAGCGGUGGCGGGCGCGAGGGAACAGCAUUUAAAUCUUCUUACGUAUUAUUUGGCGAAGAGGGGGGUUGCUUGA